CAACUAUCUCUCUAUCUCUUCACACAAAACGUCAAAAUGUCCACACGUUCACGAUUCUAAAAAAUAACAUUGUCAAAUGCAAGUGGAACGACGACUAAACGUAUUGAGCCAGCGUGACUAUGAGGACGGCACAAACGGCAAAGUAAACAAAAUGAUGGAGACGCGUUACUACGAGGGUUGUGGACGAGAAGGGCCUAUCAGAUGCAUAUUCCUGGGCGAGUUCCACCCCGUGGCAGGCCCCAAGAUUUCCUGUCAGUUUCCCGAAGACUACAUAUCAAAGGAGGUGUUUGAUUCAAUCAGUGCUUACAUCAUUCCAAAACCACAAAUCCAAAAAUGUACUAUGACUAUAAAUGCCCUCGGUCAUAAGAUCGUGGGCUACCCGAUUCGGAUUGACAAUCCUCGCUACGAGAGGAAUGUCUACUUGUUCAACCUGUGCUUCGUGUGUGACAGCUGGUCCAAGACGGUGCAGUAUGAGCCAGUUGUCAAGAAACUCGGAGAACAUUUGACAAUCAUGGAGGAGGAGACGCGUUUUGUGUCGAGCGGGUCGAGUAAGCUGCCCACUCUACUAGCGCAUCUCCUUCACGACCUAAACACGCAUCGGAAAGCCACGCUUGUCGAGGGCGACACGGUGAUGCACUUGAAAGUUCUGGAAGUCCGCAAGGACCCGCCGCCGGUAUUCGAUCACCACGUUCCAGUACUCGUUGCAUCAGUGGGUCUCCCCCGACCUGGCCGUCCGAGGCGUACCGCUCCCCCCGAAGGCUCGGAAACCAUACAGAGCCAGGAACACUUGGACAUUGACGAUGAAGAGCCCUUUGAGAUCGAUAUGGAGGCAGACUGGGAUUUAACAACUAGACAGCUACUACCAUACAUUGAUGGCUACAACCACGUGUCUAAGAUUGCCGCCGACACCAACGUGGAGAAGACUCUCGUCAAGUCCUGCAUUCAGAACCUUGUUUAUUAUGGCGUGGUAACGCUGCUCCCGAUAAUGAAGUUCAGCAAUAUGUACCGAGCCACGCCCAACCUUAGCCGCCUAUUCAGUGACCCCGAACUACAGAAAUCCUGCUUAGCGUUCAUUACCAAAGGAAUCGACUCCAAGGAUAAGCCGACCAUUUCCGAGGUGUUGGAAAUUCUGUGCGCCCUACAACAAGGCACCACCUUGCGGACGGUUUACGAGCGAUUCGCCACUGCGCCCGCGCCGACCUUCGACCUGCGUCGGCUGGUCGUCUACGCACAGUUGCACGGCCUCGUCAAGUGCCUUAAAAAAUACCCAGUAUUCCUGCGCAGCCCACCCCGGCCGAACGGCUUCAACAACCGCGUGGAUCCUAUCCUCGGUAUCCGCCGCCUGUUCACCGGCCGACACUGCGCGGACGAGAUCUGUUGCAUCGCGCGCAUCGACCUACCCACACUCGACCAAAUCAUUGAAGACGAUCCCAAUGUCACCGUCAUCUGGCGGUAGAGUGUCGUAAGUCGCGGUUACGUAUUGUAUUGGUUGCAUAACGUUUGACGGGUUGGCGGGCACUAUUCGAUACUUUUUUUUUUUCAAUAUUAAUAAUAGGUAAUAAUAGGUAAUUAGGAGAAAAUUUUUAUGUACUUUUUGGUGUGAAACAUUAAUAUUUUUUUGACAAAAAUGUGUACACGUCAUGUAACAACAAAAGCUUUGUCGCAUCUGAGGUGCUGCAACCAAACUUGAUGGUGGAACAACCCAGUUCGGUCAUUCUGAUACCUCUGACCUCCUGAGCUCAGUUUCCUGGGCAACAGGUUACACCUUUGCAAGACUGGUUGUCAGACUUUCUUUCUACCCGUAACCGGCCAAUGGUCAACAAAUAAUAGCCGGGAUCCACAAUUUUACGUGUCUUCCGAAGUUUACAAAAAAACAAAAUUCUUUUCUAAUUUGAAAUCCUAAAUUGAAGGAUGCGGGCAUCCCAAGCAAUCGUUUAUCACCGCCAAACUGUUACGCCCCUGAACGCAGGGCGAACUAGACUGUUGUCAUUUGUGACGUCAUACCAUCAGACUCCACGCCCAGUGAGCAGGGAGAUAUCACUGUCAGAUUCCACUGUCUUUUGGCAGACAAGUGUACCAUAUAUGAUCAACGUAAGUGUUGGAGAAACAUAGUGGAGUAUGGCCGAGAUAUCUACCAAAGACGGCUGCAACCGAACUUCUUGUAACCUGUAAAUAGUUAGAGUUAGUGUGUUAAUUAUUUAUCGUAGUUUUAGUACGCUUGAAGUUAUUCCGUGGAUUUUAUGAUAUGUUAUUAGGCUCAACCGUGUGCCCUAGUUUAACUUAGAAUUCGUUGUACAGUUCAUUUGAAAUUCUGGCAUUCACGUGCUUUUACACAGCGAUUUGAAAUGUGACCACUGAUUUCUGUAAUAUAUAACGACUAUAGACGCGAACUAUCGGCUCUUGACACAGGAUAGACGGAGACCGGUCUUAUACGCGAAAAACAAUCGAUCAUCGGUAUUCAACAACUAAAUAUACCAUGUUUUUCUCAUAACGACUGAAUAACUAAAUACCAGUAUUUAAAUCAUUUAUUCCACCUUAUUGUUCACCCCUUACCGCCACUCAAGGCCAGGAACAGGUGUGUUAAUACUGGUGCGACCUGGUAUUCUUGUGUCCAAUCUGUGUCAAGCUCGGUACGCCGCGAUAUAAGUCGGCAGUCGCCACAAUUCUCUUCGCUGACCACCCAGAUUGUUAAUUAACACAAUAAUAUUAUGCAUAUGUUAAGAUAUUGUCUUUGCAAAAUAUUGAUAUGUUAUGUGACUGAUCCAUAGUUACACUGCCAUUGCGGGCAUUUAAUUGUUUUGAAACAUAUCGAAAGUUACAAGGGCAAUAAGUCUUGCGUUUCAAUAGAUCGAGGAUUUUAAUGUUCAUGUGACUUUUGUUCCAAACCUUUGCUUAUAGAAAAAUAGAUAUUUAUUAUAUCUAGGUUAGGCUAGGCUAGGUGUACGGUGUGGCGGAGAUACGCCUAUAUACUUAUGUCGAUUGCACUCACAGACAGAGAUUUAUUAGUGUUAGCAGAUUAUAUUAGUUUUAUCACAGAGCUAUAUAUGAAUUAGUUAGUUAUGAGUGUGUAAACACCAAUAGUAUAUGCAUGUUUCAGUUACUUACGUUUAGGUGUUAUUUAUUUUUACUAGAAGAGUUUAUUAUAGCUGUUAUAUUAUGUAUAUAACCCCAAAUAUAUGUAGUAAUAGAUAGUAGAUGAAAUUCAAACUAAUGAUAUCACUAUCUGAGAACCGUAAAUCAUUGUCUGGCAAGUUCAAAAUUAUAUAAAAAAUUACCCUUUUGAAUCAUUCAUUUUUGUCAAACCAUUCCAAUCUCUAUUUUUUAAGUCACAAAAAUGCAGUUUUGGUGAAAUCAAUAGGUAUAGUGACUGCAUUAGUUUGAAAACAAUAUGUAUUAUACAGUAUUUUCAUUAUUAUAUUAUAGUAUCAAUACAUUUCAGGCGUACAUAUUUUCAGGACAUGUAUCAUAUAUAGAAAUUCAAAAACAUAGUAUGUAUAAGAAAAACUGAAAACCAUCCAAAAAUUUACGUCCCGAGGUACGCUUAAUCAGCUUGAACCAUAUUCCACCCAAACUACUCGACCAUUUUACAACUACAUCGAAACUACACAAACACCAAUAAAACAAGUUUAGUAAAACAUUUAAUAAUCAUAUUAUAUUGUAUAAAUAUCGUAGAAAUUAGACUAGGUUCUAAGUACGCAUUUUUUAACCAAACUGUUUUUCCGAACAUAUUCCAUCUCCCGAGCCCUUUCCCAUCUAUUUUGGGUUCGGUUUUUAGUCUAACCGGACGCAUAUAAAUCUAUUUCUCCGAACAUAGUAUGAUUAAAAAACGCGUAUUUUAGUGACUAGGCUCUGAGCUAGCGCAGAUAUAGCGAAGAUCAAUUCUCUCUGCGCUGGGCUCCGCCAUAUGUGCGCCGGCCGAAACUGUACAUUUUUUACUGCGCGCAACAACUCUUAUGAAUUAGCUAUAAGUGCAGCCAUUUCGGUUUGAACCUCCGGGACUAAUUUGUACAUUCACCCCGGGGUCGUUUAGCAUAGCACGAGUGCUUCAAUGUAGGUAAAUAAGAGUAUAUCCGCCACGAUCGUACAAACAAGUCUGUGUUGCAUACAGUUUUAGGAGCCAGUUGUGUUCCAUCCAUCUUAAAUAAAAAAUACCUCAAAAGCCCAACGAAAAAGUAACAUUUUACAUUUAAUUUUAGUCUGUCGGAGAAAAUAAACUACAAAAAUCUGGACCGAUUCAGCAAAAUAGAUUCUUUUUAGCAAAAUUAUCUCAAACUGGUCAUCUUUCAAUAGCUUAUUUAAAAAUAGUUCGUCACUGCCAUUCUCCGUCCUUUUAUUUUUGCUAAAAUUAGCAUUCGUCAUAACAACCUGAAGCUGUAUGUGCCACGGAUGUUUUAUUUAUUUAUCGGUAUUACAAAACUUUCAAUAUUAAAUUAUGUACUUAAAAAGCUUUUAGUGUACUAUCAAUUAGUAUUACAAACCAUUGUGUAUUAGAUUCUUGAGCAAAAAUCUCGACAAGUUGUAUUGUUUACAGGUUAUUUUAGUUUUUAACAUUCUUUAUUUUUGGAGGAUUGCGAUGGUUAUUUUUUAGGAAUGUAGAAUGAUGGUGAAAUUUUCGUGUGCUCUGACAUGUGUCGCGAUAUUGACGAGUGGUUGGCGGCGGCCCUCAAAAAUAUCGACUAUUCACUGCAUGUUAGAAGCCACGGAACAUUCGGUAUGAAACUAAAUAAAACCCCGUCGUCUCGACGGCAAUUCUUCGCGUGAGAGGGAAUAAGCGGAUUGCGAUUUGGACACCCCGUGUCCCACAUGUAAUCCCUACUGACAAGAGUCAAUAAAAACGUCAAAAUGCUAGAAAUUAAGUGAUUAAAAUUAACACAUUAUGUGAAAUGUCCGCCUCUUUAUAAAAUUAGGAACGUGUUUAACUUCACAUAACCAACAUUAAAUAAAAAUAAAAAAAAAACUGCGUAAAAAGUAAUGCAUAUCUGUGAGCAUUCACGAUUCUGCCACUUGAUACAAGACUCAGAAACAAAUCGAUACGAGCAAGAUGUUACGGCAUCUAAUAUCCUUAGAAUGAAGAAGUAAAAUGCGUCAAAUUCCUCUCUCUUCCUCCGGUAGGAAACCACUAGGCUAGUAUUUUAAUCUUAAGUAACGAGCAUGUCUCGUCGAGCGUCAAUGUUCUACAACGGAACAUUGAAAUGUCUCCCUGUCUCCUUCUUAGGCAUACUCAUCUUUGAAAUAGUUUUAAUAAUAAUAAUAUCAAACCAAUAUUUGUGAAAAAGUCAAGGGUGUGUUAAGCACACCCUCAUUUUGUCUCUAGGUUUAAGUUAGGUAAGGUCAAUCAAGCCAUCUAUCAACCAGGCAUAAAUGCAGCCUCCGGGCUGCUACUGAACAAGUCUAACAGCUCGGGUAGUCUGUAGUUCCGACUCCGUACCCCGAGCGCAGUACCACUUGCGACCACUAGGUUUAAGGCAGUAAAUGUAUUUUCAUACGUGACAUUAAGGUGCACGAAUUUUCGGAUCGUUUGUCCAUUAGUAUAUUAAGGCAAUCGAGCUAAUUAAUCAUAGUUAUUAAAGUAGUGUGAUAUACACGGAACUUGAGUUUCCUAUUGUGUCUAUCAAUCCUAAACUAUUAAUGUGUGGAAUUUCUCGAUUUUUCGCUAUCUAAGUAGUGAGAAAAUAGAGCUGUGAAAAUUUAAGGGUAUUGUAUAAUCGACUCGAAAAUCAUAUCGAUUCAGCUAAAUUAUGAAUUUAUUGAAUGUCGAUUUCUCCGUGAUAUGUCAAAAGAAAAGUAAGACUUUUCAAAAAGAAAAUAUUUUUUAUGGUUGUAUUAAUAAUAUUUUGUUUCUAAUCGUAAUUAUGCUUAGUGAAAAUUGUGUAGUUUGUCGUUUUCGCAAAUGGUUUUCGAGUGGAUCGUGAAAAUUGUGUGCAAAUUCAGCGGUAGAAUAGAAACAUGUUGUGAACAGUCUAGACAUCGGCUUUGGACGAGUUAAAUCAGAACAAAAUCAAAUAAAAUUCACCUUCCAAAUUAUUAUAUCAUUUAGGAUAUGAAACACAGACAAAAUUUAAGGUAAUCUAAACUUAAAGCUGUUUGUUGUUCUUCUUGUUUAGAAUGAAGAAAUCAAUUGUUUUGCGGACUUACUUUUGAUCAGUAUUUAUUAUUCGACGAAGUUAUAUCAAGCAAUCUCUAUAAUAUCAGUAAGUCUAUUGACUAAAAAACGUUUUAAAUCUUUGUAGUAAUUCACAGUCGGAAUCAAUGAUCAUGGAAGAAAGUGUUUCUAUUCUAAUAAACUUAAACAGUAUUAUAUGCUUAGUAUGUAAGUUGGUGUUGUAUGCUGUGUACUUAUGAUAUUCUAGUAUUUAUUACCUAAUAAAAUCGUGUGAUGGUCAAUCGACAUUUACGGAUGCAGGUUUUAGUAUUAAAUAAGUAUUUAGAUAUAACACGGCGCAUGCGUUGAAGGUUGCAUAUUGAAAUAAUCGGAUUAUAAUGCCAAUGGAUAAUGAAUAGCAUAGUUCUCAAAUUUCUGUCGCAUUGUAAUGUAUCGUUAUAUCUAGGCAUUUAUGCCGUGUCUUGACUUAUUAUUCUUGUGUUCUUGGAAGUAGUAAUGCUCAAUAAAACUAGCUGCACCUAGUAUUAUUGAACAGAGCUGUUUAAAAAGCUAAUGAAGUAAGAUAUUAAUAUGAGCACUUUUCUUGUAUGAACUGUGUCUCGCGAGCUUCAAAAACCCACCGUUUCGACACUUUUUUAAAUUAUAAAGGUAGCCCAAAGAGCAUAAUGUACUUUGUACCUAAGCUCUUGUUGUAGUCGUCUCCUAACCUAUGUCGUGUCAUACAAACAAAUGUGCAUCUUCAACGCAUGCUUCGUUCACACACGCUUUUACGUAUUACGGUGAACUGUUUAACUUGUUUCGUAGACUUAUUGUUCGGGAUUCACGCCUUCGAGGCAGUGCUGACUUUAAAAGGAUUCACUAAAAUCAUUGCAAUAGGUAUACUCAGUGAUUUAACUUUAUUCGUGUAGUUGUUAGUUGCAAUUCAGAUAAUUACUGCUUUUAUUUUAAACACCUACACAUUGUAUUUUAAUGUUGUACCUUUUUCUUUUUUAAUUUAUUCUAACUUUAACUUAAUAAUAAACGCACUAAAGUUCCUUUUAACAUGUUUAAUGUUUUCAUAAAUUAUUAUAUUUAUACAUCCUUAUUUAUAAGUAUUGUAAAUCAGGUCUAUUUCUAUAAGUACGCAAUUUAGGCAGUCUCAUAAAUAGUGCUAAAAUAUUUAAGACAGCGAACAACAUCAAAAAAUAUUCAAUUAUAAACCUAUUCUUAUUCUCCUGGAAAGAGUUUAAGAAAUACUGGCAAUGUUCUAAAUCCUAAGCAUUUCAUCAGGCUUGAAUUCAAAAUCUCAAAAGUUUCUUUAAGAUAAUUCCUGGCCUAAAAAUGAAGAGUCAUAAAUAUUUAGCACUAUAUAUGCGAUCUAUUUCCAAGUGUACUCUCUACUCAGUACGUGCUGCGUACAAGUGUGUGAAUAAGUAAGUUGUCUGCCGUCUAGCACGGGUUUUGUGAACCAACAUCAGACAGCAGUUGUUUUGGUCGAUACGCUAACCAACGACUGUUUUACGUUGGUCGCAAAUCUUGCGGCGAGCACCUAGUGUAAGGUCCACAUGUUUACAAAGCCUUCGCAGAUAGAUAUAUGGACUGAAUAGACAAUGUUAUUUUCUAAGGGUUAGGGCUUGUGUGAGUGGUAUACUUGUAUGCAAAUUAUCUGCGAGUCAUUUGUAAAUGUGUGGCGUCAUGCUCUUGUAAGAACAUGAACUUGUGUAAAUUAACAAAUCUGAUAGUUCAAAAUAUUUGAUACAAAAUUGAGAAAAUA